ACGUUCCUCCAACACUCAUCACCUAACCAUUAUGACGAGGCCCAGUCAUGUCUAAUUUCGAAGAGCGUACCGGUAGUCAAAGUUAAAAGUGAGUAAUAGAACAAGCCCGGGCGCCGGAUGCCGUACGGUGUUGUCACCUUGAGGUUCGAUUGCAUCUCACUUUCACUCCCCCGCGCUGUGUUCGACAGUUCGGCAACCCGUUCCGAUCCGAUAGAAAGAGCACAUAGCAUACGAUAGAGAAACAAGCAGAAUGGUCUAUUUCUUCACGGCCGAGUACGAAUCGGCCUCAUCCACGGAGCAAUACCCCGAGUUCCAAACCUUUGAUGUGUACAUGGGCAAAAACCAAAGCGAGAACGAGCUACUCAUCAAAUAUGGCCACCCGGAAGAUGUUUGGUUUCACGUGGACAACUUGUCAUCAGCACACGUGUAUUUUCGAAUGAAACCGGGAAUGACAAUGGACGACGUACCAAAAGAAGCAAUACUAGAUUGUGCGACAAUGGUCAAGGCCAAUUCCAUUGCUGGUUGCAAGGUUAGUAUAGGUUCGGAUUUCUUGGUUCGUGAGUGUAUUGGUGCAAUUAUUGUGUUGUACUUGGUGCAGAAUGAGAAACGUUUUCACUGAUAUACAGAUCGAUUAUAGAAGCACGAUUUGGAUAUCCAUAGUAGCCGUGAUGAUAACUUUGUGAUCCGACGACAACUUUGUUGUGUUUUUGUGACGAUCAUUGCUUUCUAGCAUAUUCACAUUAAGGGGUUUAUCUGAGCUUUUCUUAGGAGACUCCCACGGGUCGGUAUUGGCAUUGCUCACAGUGACUAACUUGUACCCCCCAUUCUUUCUUCCAUUUCAAACUAUGUGUUUCCUUGUUCGUUCCACCGCCCAUCAAUUUUCCAAACAAAACAGAAAAGCGAAGUGACCGUAGUCUACACCCGAUGGAAAAACCUGAAGAAGACUCACGGGACGCCGGAUGGGACGGUUGGUUUCCACCGCCCCGACAACGUCCGCAGAAUCCGCGUAAAAAAGGACAAUUUCCGCGUGAAGAGCUUCGAAAAGACCCGAACGGAACAGCUCGAUAAAGUCGAGGAAAUGCUGAGCAAGAGUCAGGAGCGCCGUCUGAAGGAAAUCCAGCGCCAAAAAAAGGAACACAAUCGAAUGGAGCAAAAGGCGAAGAAAAAGGCAUACCAGGCACAACAAAUCGAAAAGCACAACAAGUCGUACGAUCGCAUCCAUAUCGACAACGCCCACAAGAUGACAUCUAGUAGAGAGAUGGCGGCUACCGCUGAUUCGACGGCUGCAGAGGAAUACGAGGACGAUUUUUUUUGAAAGAGGGAAACGAAAGAUGACUGCAAACGAAAUCAAGCUAGAACGAGAUG